AUGGUCAAAGAGGUGUUCGACGUGUCCGGGCUCAAGGCGCACAGCAUCGUGCUCCGGCCGCGCAACCCCGACAAGAUCACGCCGCACUGCCUGUUCCUGAGCUACCAGCCGGAGCCCGGCGGCAAGAUGCUCGACCCGGAGGUCUACCCGCGCCCCACGGGGGAGGUGUACAUUUGCGGAAUGAGCAAGGACGAGGAUGUUCCAGAUGAUCCGGCAGCGAUUGCCGGGGAGCCGGACUCCAUUGCAAUGCUUCACAAGAUCGCUGGGAGGGUGUCCAGCCAACUGAAGACAGAGGAGGGCCCAGAGGUAGUCGCGGAACAGGCCUGCUACCUCCCGUGCACCAAUGAUGGGCUGCCGGUCAUCGGGGAGAUGCCUGGGGUGAAGGGAUGCUACGUUGCAACCGGGCACAGCUGCUGGGGCAUCCUCAAUGCUCCUGCUACCGGUGCAGCACUCGCCGAGCUCAUCCUCGAUGGACACGCCAAGAUUGUUGAUCUCGCGCCCUUCAGCCCGGCAAGAUUUCUCAAGAAGAAGAGCAGGCGCGGAGUGUAA